AUGGAUGUAACGAAGCUUGAUUACAACUAUACGGGUGAAAAUGCAUUAAAAGAGCUUGAGAGGAUCACCUUGAAAGCUGGUGAAGUUCAAGAUGACAUUUUAUGUGGGAUCUUAGAACAAAACAAGGACACACAGUACUUGAGUAAGUACAUGAAAGGAUCUAAAGACGUUACGGAGUUUAAACGCUCUGUGCCAAUCAUCAAGUACAAAGAUAUCUAUCCUUACAUUCAGAGAAUUGCCAAUGGAGAAGACUCUUCUCUUAUCACUGGUCAUCCUAUCACUGAAAUAUUAUGCAGCUCUGGGACUUCUGCUGGAGAGCCAAAGCUAAUGCCAACCAUUUCUGAUGAUCUUGAUCGCCGCACUUUUCUCUACAAUCUUAUUGUUCCAAUCGUGAACAAGUAUGUACCAGGACUUGACAAAGGAAAAGCAAUGUACCUAAAUUUCGUCAAGGCUGAAACAUCAACUCCUUCUGGUUUACCAAUCAGAGCUGUCUUAACUAGCUACUACAAGAGCAAACAUUUCCAAUGCCGACCUUACGAUCCAUUCAACGACUUAACCAGUCCGAUCCAAGCCAUCCUUUGUGAAGACAGCAACCAAAGCAUGUACUGUCAGCUACUAGCCGCUCUGAUCCACCGACACAAAGUCAUGCGUUUAGGAGCUGUCUUUGCUUCUGCGUUCCUCCGUGCAAUUUCUUAUCUUGAGCAAAAAUGGAGUCAGCUCUGUGAAGACAUCCGCACUGGUCAUCUCAAUCCCAUGAUCACUGAUCCAAGAUGCAAAGUCGCAAUGUCUUCUCUUCUAACGUCUCCGAAUCCAGAGUUAGCUAACGAGAUUGAAGAAAUCUGUGGAAGUUCUUCGUGGAAAGGGAUUCUGUGUCAGCUCUGGCCUAAGGCAAAGUUCAUUGAAGCAGUAGUGACUGGCUCAAUGGCUCAAUACAUACCAGCACUUGAGUUCUUUAGCCAAGGGAAGAUCCCAUUGGUUUGUCCAAUGUAUGCUUCCUCUGAGACUUACUUUGGAGUCAACGUCAAGCCACUCUCCAAACCAUCCGACGUCGUUUUCACGCUCUUGCCGAACAUGUGCUACUUCGAGUUUAUACCUCUCGGCAAUAACGGGACUCUCUCUUUUGACGUCGACGACGAUGAACAAGUCAUCCCCUCUGAUAAAGUAGUCGACUUGGUCAAUGUCAAACUCGGGCGCUACUACGAGCUGGUCGUGACAACUUUCGCAGGAUUGUACCGUUACAGAAUCGGCGACGUGCUUCAAGUGGCCGGUUUCUACAACAAAGCUCCACAGUUCCGGUUUAUCUGCAGGAGAAACGUGGUUCUAAGCAUAGAUUUAGACAAAACCAACGAGGAAGAUCUCCACAGAAGCAUCACAUUAGCCAAGAAGAAGCUUCUUGAAUCCGACAACAACGCGUACCUAGCGGAAUACACGAGCUACGCGGACACGUCAUCAGUUCCAGGUCACUACGUGAUCUUCUGGGAGAUCCAAGGGCUCGAACAUGAUGACGACCAUCAUCGUCAACAUAUAAAGCCGAAACUAAUGGAAGAGUGUUGCAUCGCGGUCGAGGAAGAGCUCGAUUACAUUUACAGACAAUGCAGGACGAAAGAGAGAUCGAUCGGACCGUUGGAGAUAAGAGUGGUGAAACAAGGAACGUUUGAGAAACUGAUGGAUCUGGUAAUAAGCCAAGGUGGGUCGUUUAAUCAGUAUAAAACACCGAGGUGUGUUAAGGCCAAUAGUGGUACGCUCAAGCUCUUGAACGCACAUGUGACUGGCUCCUUCUUUAGUCCUCGUGACCCGACUUGGGUCCCAUGA